AAUCACUAGAGCUGUAAUUUGCCGAUCGUCGCCAACGACGAGUGUAGCAAUGGUAGUUUGACGUAUCAAAAGUGUGGUGAUUCAUGUAGAAGAGGUAUAGAAAUUUUCUGCCCUGUGCAAAGUACCUUUUCUCUCAGUUUUUCUCCUGAUUUCGUGUUUUAUAUGUGCACCGAAGGCAGGAUGACUUCGUCACACUGGGAGGAUUUCUAUGCAAAUCACCUGCCACCCACCGACUUUGAGGACAAUCGCUCCCUUCUGAAGGAGUUCUGUGAGCGGCACAACAAGCUCAAGAGCCACAUCGUUUUAGUCACGUCGGGAGGCACUACGGUGCCGCUGGAGCACAACACAGUGCGCUUUGUGGACAAUUUCAGCGCUGGCACGAGAGGAUCGGCAUCGGCUGAGUACUUUCUUGAUCACGGAUAUGCCGUGAUCUUUAUGCACAGGGUCAAAUCCCUGGAGCCCUUCACGCGACACUUUAGCGGACAGCAGUUCCUGGACAUGCUAGACCUCCACGAAAACGGGCCAAGUACAACAAUUGCAGUUAAGCCCCACUCUGUGGACGUGCUGGCGCCAAUAUUGGCCAAGUACAAGUCAGCCCAGGAGAGUCGACGCAUCCUGUACGUGAGCUUUACCACCGUGGUGGACUACAUGUGGCUCCUGCGAGCGGCAUGUGAGAACUUAGCUGCCUUCGAGCAACGCGCCCUGUUCUACCUGGCCGCUGCCGUUUCGGACUUCUACGUACCUUCGGACAUGAUGCCAACCCACAAGAUGACUUCCGGCGAGGCGCCCACCAUCUCGCUGCAGCUCGUGCCAAAGAUGCUGGCGCCCCUCGUCGCACUGUGGGUGCCGCACGCCUUCGUCAUAUCAUUCAAGCUGGAGACGGACGAGAGUCUCCUCAUAGCCAAAUCCCGCGAGAGUCUCACCAAGUACAAGCACAAGCUCGUGAUCGCCAACAUACUCCAGACGCGAAAGCAUCGAGUGGUCUUCGUCACGCCGGACACAUCAUAUGAAGUGCAUCUGACACGCGAACAGGCACUCUCGGGCCUCGAAAUUGAGGAGCCCAUCGUGGCGGAUAUCGUGUGCAAGCAUGAGGAGUUCAUCGGCCAGCAGACUUCCACUCAAUGACCAACACGUCAACGAAAACAUAUCUCACAUGAUUGCUCCGUGACGAUGCCGCAUUUUUGUCACAUUGUUAAUUCCGGAGUCCCCCGGAGGCAUUAGAGACUUAGACCUGGAUGGGUAACUGUUCGUAGAACCAAUAAGUUUUCGUGGUGCUAGAUUUUUUACAAGAAAAAAAUCUUUCUUUUACCCGCUUUACAAAUCCAUGAAGAUAUGAGCUGAUUUUUUAUCAUAUUAUAUGCGUAUUUAUUUUGAACGAGAAGAGGUUGAUUUGAUUUUUAUAAAUCCUUUUAGAUAAACAUUUUAUACACACCAAUGAACAAUGUAAAAUCUUUCAUUUACUAGAGCCACCUUUUGUAUGACGAUGAUAUAGAGUUUUUAACAUGCAGUAGAAGUGAAACGAUAUAAUGUUUCUUCUACCCAACAAUCCAAGACUUUCGAGAGAGGGUGAAAAAAUUCCAAGAUUCAUCUAUCAAAAUAUAUAGAUUUAUGUAGAAUAUUUGUAACGCGUUGAGAUGGUCUGUUUUCAUUUUUUGUCGGAACUAAUAGCGUGCCUGUAACACCUCGUGAAAACAAGAACAAAUAUACCGAAGAAAGAGGAAAUAUAUAUGAUUCCCACAAACAUAUUAUAAUUAACUUAAUGCACCAAGAACAGACUGUAUAUUGAGAUGUAAAACCGUUUAUUGUAAUGAAUAGUAUUUCUUCAAUCUACAACAAUAUAUUGUCUGACUUUCUUGGCAAAGAGGACACGUAGAUUGGGCAAACGAUUGUAGUUCAUUACUCACAAAUAAUAAAUAGAACUGGUAUGAAUUCUUGUAUAAUAUUGAAAGUAAGAAAUCAUGCCACACAUAUGCAUUCAUUCUGUACUUUGCAGUUUAUGAACAGAAAAAAAAUCUCAGAUGUACGAGAUAUUGAGUCUUAUAACAGCAAUCUUAUAACCAAUGAAAAUCCGCAAAUGUAGAAAAGAAAAUUGUGUAGAGCAGACAAACUGAGAGUGAAAUGCUCAGAAAUUUUGAAUUUAUUAUUGUAAAGAUGUGUUUACAUGUUCGUAUGGCUUUUAAAAUGUCAAAAGAAUAAAAUCAUGUGAUAGAUGGAUUAAUGUUGGGCAUUGCAGACAUGUUGGUUGGACCAAAUUGUUAAAGUGUAGCAUUACUACCAUGGUAAUCUAUAGAGUGUAAGUUGCAAAACUAUAUUGAAAGCUUUUUGGGAAAGGGAUUCGUAGUAAAAA